AUGAAAUCCGGCGACAUUACGAUAGGUCGCAAGCUCUCGCCGGAGGACUACGAGUUCGGGGUAUCCAUACGCCACCAGCAAGACACAAGAGCCCGGGGGGGUACGUAGACGGGGAAUGCCGGAAGGAGAAGGGGGUCGUCUCCAAGGCUUGCGAGGUGUGCGGGCUCGGCGUGGCCUUGUAGGAGCUCUUGGUAUGGAGGAGAGAAGUUGGCGUCACUGUCGAGUGGGCUCUGGUUCAAGGUUGGUCAAGGCGGCUUCUGCCUGUGUUGGCAGGCCCGUUGAGAGGAGCCCCUUUGUUCAUGUGGCCACCAUCUUCAAUUACUCGAAGUCUCUUUGGUUGGGCAUUAUCUCGGAGAGAUUUACAGCUCUCUGCAGCUGGGCCUAAGAAGGCUUACGCCGCAGACCCACUGGACAACAUUUGGCUCUGCCAAGUUGGCUGGCACUGAAAACUCUAUAAAAAAUAUCGUUCGGGCUCCAACGCCAGGUUGCUCGACCUUGUCGUGCCCCGGAUCUCCUCUUGGAUCCAAAUCUAGGACAAUCGCAGGCCCAGAGCACGACCCCGGUCGAUUUUUCUAAACUUGAGCUUCAAGGAAGGUCCACAUAGAACAACAGGCCAAUUGCUGAAUCCGACAAGGUCUGGGUCAAAAAGUCUGAAACCUUUUUCUUCGAAAAAAUUAGACUGAUUUUCCUAUAAAUUCGUUAGUCUGCUUAGUCCGACUAAGAAAGAUUACUGUCUUUAUUAAUUGUCUCAAUUUAGUGUACGACUCGAAUGGGGACUAUCAAAAGAGUGACCCUCUGGAGACGGCCGCGUCUAUCAGAUCCGGAGGAGCCCUGCCCACGCAAUCUCCCCGGGGCCCGGAAGCUUCGCCCCAAAGUUACACCGACUCCGGUCAGCGAUGUGACGCGCCGGGCGUGUCUUCCGGGAGACGCUUCGGUGUAACUCGGCGGAGAAAGGUCGAUCUGUACAGUCAAUCGCCAUCGUUCGGUCGUAAUCUUGGUUGAAGUCAUCUGCAGCUUCCGGUGAGUGAACUAUGGCAAUCAGUGGAGUGAUUCGCUCUCUCUUAACCCAGGCCGUCAUGCGCCAGGUGAUGGCGCGGUGGCGGCCGGAGGGGCUAGCGAGGCUGUGGUUAAUCGACGAGAAGAGAAAGAACACGAGACUGGCAAGUGCCCUUUCCCCGGGUUGGCCCAAGGCCCCUCCAUGGAAGCGUUCAGAACACGGAACCUCCCGGAAUAG